AUGGGGCAGCAAGGAUUGAGUCCUGAUGUAGUCAGCUAUGGAGCACUAAUAGAUGCACUAUGCAAGGUAGGUAGAGUAGACGACGCUGUGCUAAAAUUCAAUCAGAUGAUCAACGAAGGUGGCCACUGCUUAGUUGGUAGAAUUGAUGAAGCAGCAAAGUCACUUGAUUUUAUGCUCUUAGUUGGCUUGAAACCUAAUGAAUGGGCUUAUAAUACCUUGCUUCAUGGCUACUGUAAUGCUCGCAUGAUAGAUGAUGCAAAUAGUGUUUUUGAGAAAUGUUGCGCAACAGCAUUACUCCCGGAGUUGAGAUUUUCUAAAGCAAAGGAAUUAUACCUCAAUAUGAUUAAAAAUGAAAAACAGUGGGACAUUUACACAUACAACAUAAUUCUAAAUGGGCUUUACAAGAAUAAUUGUGUUGAUGAAGCAUUCAAAAUGUUUCAGAGCUUUUGUUCUAAGGAUCUUCAAGUUGAUAUUUUUACUUUCACCAUUAUGAUUGGUGCCUUGCUCAAAGGUGGUAGAAAGGAAGAUGCCAUGGAUUUGUUCGCUACCAUCUCUUCUUAUGGUUUGGUUCCAAAUGUUGUGACCUACUGCUUAAUAGCACAAAAUCUCAUAGAAGAAGGGUCCCUACAGAAGUUUGAUGAUCUGUUUUCAGCAAUGGGAAAGAGUGGUAUGUUAAAUGCUCUAGUUAGGAGGUUGUUGCAUAGAGGUGACAUAACCAGGGCUGGGGCUUACCUCUCCAAACUUGAUGAGAAGAAUUUCUCACUUGAAGCUUCCACUAUUGCCAUGCUUAUAUCACUUUUCUCGAGGGAGGAAUACCAACACCAUGCAAAGUCUUUGCCUGAAAAGUAUCGUAUCCUCAAUGAAGCCAAGAAAUGA